GUUAUUGAACAAAUGGAAGAAAGAAGGAUGAUCAAGACCAAGUUGAUCUUUAGCUUCCUUAUAUUUUAUACAUCAGUAACUUGCAGCUUUGCUGCAGACACCAUAUCCGCAAACCAAAUCGUUAGAUAUAACGAAACAAUCAUUUCACCACAAGAAACCUUCGAACUUGGUUUCUUUAGCCCCCCUAACUCCACAAACCAUUAUGUUGGAAUCUGGUACAAAAUAUCAAAAGGAACCGUUGUAUGGGUAGCCAACCGAAACACACCACUCAGCGACACCUCCAGCGAGCUAACUCUCACCCAUCAGGGAGUUUUAAUUCUCAGAAAUGCCACCACGGGCGACGUCAUAUGGUCAUCGGUGAACUCGUCAGUCACGCCAGUGAGGAAUCCGAUUGGUCAGCUUUUAGAUACAGGGAACUUUAUAAUUUACAAUGAUGGUGGCGCCAUUAAUCAAGAAGAUCCCAUAUGGCAAAGUUUCGACUUUAUAACAGACACUUUCCUUCCCGGAAUGAAGCUGGGCAGGAAUUUGGUUACGGGGAUUGAAAGAAAUUUCACCUCAUGGAAAUCUGAAAAUGAUCCUGCUUCGGGUGAGUUUUCAAAUUGGAUUGAUACCAGAGGUUACCCUCAGAUGAUCUUAACCAGAGGGGGAAAAAUAAUGUUUAGGGGAGGUCCAUGGAACGGUCUGAGGUUUUCUGGAACUCCUAAUUUGAUACUGAACCCGUUAUACAACUUCACCUUUGUUCUUGACCAUAGAGAAAUUUACUACCAAUAUAUCCUCACGUCUUCAGUUAUGAUUAGGAUAGUAUUACAAUCGAAUGGUCAUUUAGAGAUCUUAAAAUGGAGUGAUAACCAACAAGAAUGGAGCCUUUACACGACUCCACAAAUUGAUCGCUGUGAUAAUUAUAAGGUGUGUGGGCCAUUUGGGAGCUGCAACAUUGAAAGUUCUCCGGUUUGUAUGUGUUUGAAGGGCUUUGAACCCACAUCUCCUGAUCAGGUUACAGAUACAGAAUGGUCAAAGGGGUGUCGACAUACCAUCCCUUUGAAUUGUGACCCUGGGGAAGGGUUCAACAAAUAUACAAAUCUGAAGUUACCAGACACUCAGGGGUCAUGGUAUAACCAGGCCAUGACCCUUGUCGAAUGUGAGGAGAUGUGUAAAAGCAAUUGUUCGUGUACUGCUUACACAAAUUCGAAUAGAUCUGGGUCUGGAAGUGGUUGCUUGCUAUGGUUCGGUGACCUUAUGGAUAUCAGAUCGUUCUCUACAAAUGGGGACACUCUUUAUAUACGAUUGUCAGCAUCUGAGUUAGGGACAUCCGGAAACAAGUCCGGACAUGAACUUGUAAAUAGUAGUGUCGAUGAAGAUCUAGAGCUACCACUAUUUGGCUUGUCCACAAUACUUAAAGCUACCAACAACUUUUCAAUCACCAACAAACUUGGAGAGGGCGGUUUUGGACCGGUAUACAAGGGCGUACUCGAAGAUGGACUUGAAAUAGCAGUGAAGCGGCUAGCAAAAACAUCUACUCAAGGCGUUUUUGAGUUCAAGAAUGAAGUCAUUUCAAUAUCUAAACUACAACAUCGAAAUCUUGUCAAGAUCUUGGGUUGCUGCAUAGAGGGAGCUGAAAAGAUGCUAAUUUAUGAAUACAUGCCAAACAAAAGCCUUGAUUCCUUUAUAUUUGAUAAAACACAAAGCAAACUCCUUGAUUGGCCUGCUCGUUACCACAUUAUCAUUGGAAUUGCUCGUGGACUUCUUUAUCUUCACCAGGAUUCUCGGUUCAGAAUCAUACAUAGGGAUCUCAAAGUCAGCAAUAUUUUGCUUGACAAGGAUAUGACCCCAAAGAUAUCAGAUUUUGGCACGGCUAGAAUUUUUGGUGGAAAUCAGAUUGAGGCAAACACUGGUAGAGUUGUUGGCACAUAUGGCUAUAUGGCACCCGAGUAUGCAGGAGAUGGUAUUUUUUCCAUAAAAUCAGAUGUAUAUAGCUUUGGUGUAUUAGUGCUCGAAAUUGUGUGUGGGGAGAAAAAUAGAGGGUUCAACCACAAAGAACAUUCCAACAGUCUUAUUGGACAUGCUUGGGAAUUCUAUAAUGAAGGCAGAUCUAUGCAAUUAGUUGCUAAGUGCCUAGGUGAAUCAAUCAACGUGUUUCAGGUUCUACGAUUAAUCCAUGUUGGUUUGUUGUGUGUUCAACGUUACCCGGAAGAUAGACCGACUAUGACUUCUGUGAUCCUGAUGUUGGGGAGUGAGAGUCCAUUGCCUUCACCUAAAGAACCAGGAUUUUACGUUGAAAAUUCAAUCCCGGACAUUACUCAAUCUUCAAGUUCAUAUGCAGCAAGUUCAAAAAAUGAACUAAGCAUUACAAUGUUGAAUGGUAGGUAAUAUAAACUAAUCUUAGUACACGAAAAACUUCAAGCUCUAAGCUUAUUAUUAUGCAUUUCGGAUCCA